AUGACCGGACUACAUGGGUACUCUGCUCCAGACAUGCAUCGCCUCCGACUCAUCGUGAUGCCAAUCCCUCUGCUUUGCUGUCUCCUGCUGUGUCCCACGGAUGCCAUGCCACACCCAGAGCCAACCAGUCCCUCUACAAUGCUCUCUCCCUCGGAGUCCUCACACUCCUUGUCCUGCAGGGCCCUGCUCCCAAAGUCCCUGCCUGGCUUCUCUCAUCUACCCCCUCUUCCCCAGUUCCUGGUCGGCCUGGCUCUGAGAAACGCUCUGGAGGAAGCUGGCUGCCAGGCCGACGUCUGGGCUCUGCAGCUUCAGCUGUACCGGCUGGGAGGCGUGGAGGCUACCCAGACCCUCAUCCACCAUCUUCAAGAGCUCCAGAAAGGCGGACACGCGGACCAGCAAGUGUCAAUGGACGCCCUGACCUCCGCUCUGCAGCGCUCAGCCUGGGAGCAGCCAGGUCCAAACAGGGUCCGUCGCUGGCUUUCUUACUCCGACUGUGACAACGAGCAGGAGCAGAGCGUGCACGACGUGGUCGGGCAGCUGCCGGCAGUGGGGGCCUACUACAAUCUAGGCACAGCUUUGUAUUAUGCCUUCCAGAGUUGCUCUGACAAGGCCAAGGAGCGAGGCAAAGAUGGGGCCAUAGAUCUGGGUUAUGACCUUCUGAUGGUCAUGGCGGGUCUGUCAGGGGGGCCAGCUGGGGUGGUCAUCAGUGCUGCUCUUAAGCCAGCAAUGAAGGCUGGGGUUCAGCGGCUGAUCCAAUAUUAUUAUGGUGAAAAAGAGGUGAGCGUCCCUUAGCCAGAGACCAGGAAGGAUGGACCCUCACACGACCUGGAGGAAACAGCCGUGGCCAGUUUUGUGUCAGAAGCUGAAAGUCCAUCUUCCUACUGGGGGCCAACCUUAGUCAAGAAUUAUGGUGUCUUAGCAUACAAGAGAUCGUAGCAGAGAAAAUGCUGGCAAGAGAAGUAUGGAUGGAUGG